AACCUUCUACGCUUGGAAUUAGAAGCUGUUUACUCCAAAUAAUGAGGUUAAACAUUGUCAGGGGGUUUUCACUUUUCCUAUUAUUUCCAUGAGAUCAAGUUUCGUACCUUUUCAUAUGAUUUGUUUUUCCCUCUAAUUUAUACCGCUUGUAAUUUGAUUCCCUACUUAAAAUAUUUCUUUUCCUUUCUGUUGAUUUACAAAUUUAUUUUUUCUUUUUACUGUUGUUGUUUACUUGUUCCACCUUCAAUUUUUUUCAUCUUUUUUGUUUACGUAAGUUAAAAAAUAAAAUAAAAUAAAAGCUCUGUAAAGGGAAAGAGAGCUAAAAUAUGGGAACAGAACAGUCCACUUUGAAUUAUGAUACCGCAAUCGAUCAAAAAAUAGUUGAACUUGAGAAACAACUUUCUUCUGCCAAGCUUGAGGCGUCCUCUACUAACGCCAGCCUCGAAGCAUCAAAGAAGGAGGUAGAAGAGUUGAAAGAACGAAUUUCAACUUGUGAAAAGGUACGGAAGGACAUGGAAAUUAAGAUGGGAAAAAUAAUGGAGCUUGAGAUUCAACUAUCUUCAGUUAAGGCUGAGGCCUUAUCUGCCAAGGCUAGUUUUGAAGUUUCAGAAAAAGAGAUUGUGGACUUGAAACAACAUCUCCAAGCCAUUAAAAAUGUCCAACAUGAUACUGAGAAGAAAUUGAACCAAGUGAGUCAACAACUUUCUUCAAUGAAGUCUGAAUUCCAUACUAGCAAGGCCGAGUUGGAACGGUCGAAAUCAGAGCUGGAAGAGGUCCAAGAUCAAGUUUCUUCAUGUAUUGAGGCCAUCCAAUACAUGGAAGCAGAAUCACAAAAGGUUCAAGACCAACUUUCAUUGAAUACUACUGAAAUAGAAACAUUCAAAAUUAAGUUGAAACUCUCGAAAGAGAGAGUAAUUGAACUUGAGAAAGAACUAUCAAUGCGCAAGAAGGAAAAUGAAGAGCUGCAGGGGCCAUAUCACAAUAUGGAGGAUCGUUUCAACGGAGUGAAAUACGAGUUAGAAUCCACUAGGACUGCGCUACUAUCGUCGCAGACAAGAAAGGAAGAGCUCGAAAAAGAGUUGUCCAUGUAUAUGAAAAUGAAUGAUGAUAAUGUUCUGGCGAUAGGAAAGCUAACAGAUGAAGACAGCCAGCUAAGGUUUGAGCUUGCCGAAAUUAAGAACCAACUAGAUUCAUCGAUGGAGAAGGUAAUACAGCUCAAGGAUUUAGCCAAUUGUCAUGCUCUACUAUGUUCGGCUAGGGAAGAGUUACAAUACACUAAAAGCUUGUUGGAAUCCUCUAGAAAGAAGGCGGAGGAGCUUAAGGAUGAAAACAGUGUAUGCAUGACAGCAUAUGAACAAACAGAAGCAAGAAAAAGAAGGUUGUCAGAUUUUCUUAGGUUGAUUGAUUCAGAGGUGGAGUUUGAUAGUCAAGAGUUGGAUGUACUAGAAAUUUGUAUGUCAUCAAAAGACGAUGAAGUAGAAUCAAUGGACAGCGACACAGAUAGCAAAGCAAGUGAAGAUGAACUUUCCAUGAGUAGCAAAGCAAGUGAAGAUGAGUCCUAAUUGUGUGGGAUAUGUACCUAUGCUAAAGCAUGAUCAUCUACAAUGUAUUUGUUUUAUUGAGUUAUUGAUUUCCAUUCCAUGUAAAUCCACUGCUAAGAGAGAAGUCCUAAUUUGUGGAAAGUAUUACUUAAUUUUUCCUUUU